UAGCAACAUAGCACACCGGUGUCUGGUUCAGUUAUAUACUUUUUUUUCUCUCUUUGGGGGAAUAAAAACUCUCAACAAAGUAUUCGAAUAGUACAGUCUUGCAAAUUGAUUCGACACCAGAAGUGUUUGUGCGUUUUGAAGUGCGUUCCAAUUGAAAAGUGUACAAAUCCCGUCGUGGUUUUGCACGUCUAUUCAUUCUUCUUGUGAAUUAUUACGUGCAAAUGCGAAUGAUAGUGUGUGUGUUUGUUUGUCUUUUCAACAUUAGUGUGGCAAAGAGCUGAGCAAAUAAAUCUCUUGAUUUCAAUUGUUCAAUUGAACGUGUGUGCGCGUUCAUUACACUCUAAUUGAAUGUUUCGAGCUUGCUGUUUGACCUUUGACUUUUUUAAUAUCAAAAUUCAUUUAGCUUUGCUCUUUUGAAAAAAUUUCAAACAAUUGGCACUAUUUUCCGCUUGAUUUUUUUUUUGAAAUUGAAAUCAAUUAAAAUGCGAUAUUUCAUUGCGGCCGUUUCAUUUUUGAUAUCCGUAUAUUGUGUACCGUAUUAUCAACAACCAAUAUUUGCUCCGGUCGUCCAACUUAACAAUGGAUAUACGAUGCCCAUCGUUGGUCUUGGCACUUAUUCGGCAACGGGCGCACAGUGCGAACAAGCGGUGAAGGAUGCUAUCGAUGCUGGUUAUCGUCAUAUCGAUACAGCAUACUUGUAUGGAAACGAACGUGAAGUGGGAAAUGCAAUUCGAGCAAAAAUUCAAGAGGGUGUCAUCCGACGUGAGGAUGUUUUCGUAACAACAAAGUUGUGGAACACAUUUCAUGAGCCCGAUCAAGUUCCGUAUGCUUUUCAAAAGUCAUUGGAUAAUUUGGGCUUGGGAUACAUUGAUCUAUUUUUAAUGCAUUCGCCGGAAUCAUAUCAUCGUAUUGGAAAAGCUGGCCUAAAGCAUGCACCACAAACAAUUGAUGACAUUGAACUAUUUCCGAAAGAUGCUAGCGGACGAACGUUAACAUCGAAUGUUGAUUUUAUCGAUACAUGGCGUGCCAUGGAACAAUUAUUACAUACGGGUCUAGUGCGAAGUAUUGGCAUCAGCAAUUUUGAAAUUCCACAAGUUCAACGUCUCGAAUCGGCCGCUCAAAUAAAGCCAGUUGUUAAUCAAGUCGAAUGUCAUCCGAAUAAAAAUCAACGUCCAACCAUCGAAUAUUGUUCAUCUCGUGGCAUCGCUGUAACUGCAUACUCACCACUUGGACGACCGCAUGAGGCGAAUGGCAAACAAAUCGCAAUAUUCGAUCCAAAUGUUCAACUUAUUGCGGCUAGAUACAACAAAACACCAGCUCAAGUUAUUCUUCGAUUCACGGUUCAAAACGGAGCACUCGUUAUUCCAAAGUCAACAAACAAAGAACGAAUUGCAGGCAAUAUUGAUAUUUUCGAUUUUGAACUGGAUGUCCACGAAAUGGAAUAUCUGAAUGGGCUGAAUGGCCAGUAAAUAAUGCGCUUUAUUUUUUUUUUUCGUCUAUAAAAAUAAACUUGCGGCAGCAAAAUGAUGUUUUCCCGGUUCCAAGCCAUCGUUUUAAUGAUCAUUUAUUUUUUCGCUCUUUGUAAAAUAUAUGCUUAAUUCGUUCGUAGAUUUUAGAUUCUUUAUUUGCUGAAACCGGUUUCGUUUCGUUUCUUUUCUCUUCUCUCGCAUGUAAUUUUAUCUCGAACUUCUUCUUUUCAUACUCUUUAUAUUUUAUUUGUCGAAUAAAAAAUUAUGCAAAUUUACUUUGCACUAAUCGUA